GCCCCAGGGAUUGGGGUAGAGGUUCCGGCGUGAUCCAGAAUCCUGGAUCUAGAACUGUGCUCCUGCCAUGUUCCUUUCCCACCCCAGAAGUCAGCCUGGGAUCUUCUGCCUCAGAGCCCGUGAUUCGCCUGGAUGCCCCUGUGCUGGCGCUGGCAUGACUGGGCAACGCCUCCUCCUCACCACGCUGGCCCUGGGGCUCGUCGGGGUGGCCCGGGGGGCCCAGCCGGCCCUGAGGGGCCGGGCGGCGGCGGCUUGUCGUCUGGAUGACAAGGAGAGCGAGUCUUGGGGGGCCCUGCUGAGCGCCGAGCGGCUGGACGCCUGGAUCUGCUCCCUGGUGGGCUCGCUCAUGGUGGGCCUCAGCGGGGUCCUGCCGCUGCUGGUCAUUCCCCUGGAGACGGGCGCCGCCCUCUGCUCCGAAGCUGGCUCCCAGCGCCUGAAGCAGCUGCUGAGCUUCGCCCUGGGGGGGCUGCUGGGGAACGUGUUUCUGCACCUGCUGCCCGAGGCCUGGGCCUACACCUGCAGCGCCACCACGGGCCGGGCCGGGCAGAGCCUGCAGCAGCAGCAGCUCCUGGGCCUCUGGGUCAUCGCCGGCUUCCUGACCUUCCUGGCUCUGGAGAAGAUGUUCCUGGACAGCAAGGAGAAGGAUCGCCCCAGCCAGGCCCCCACCAAAGACCCGGCUGCUGCCGUGCGCAAUGGAGGCCGCUGCCUGGCCCUGCCGGCCGCGGUUCCAGGCCUGAGCAUUGAGGUGCAGAAAAUCAAAAUCAGCGGCUACCUCAACCUGUUGGCCAACACCAUCGACAACUUCACGCACGGGCUGGCUGUGGCGGCCAGCUUCCUGGUGAGCAAGAAGAUCGGCCUUCUGACGACCGUGGCCAUCCUGCUCCACGAGAUCCCCCAUGAGGUGGGUGACUUUGCGAUCCUGCUGCGGGCCGGCUUUGACCGAUGGAGUGCGGCCAAGCUGCAGCUCUGGACGGCGCUGGGGGGCAUCCUGGGCGCCUGCUUCGCCAUCUGUGCCCAGUCUCCCAAAGGAGCAGGGGAGACCAUUGCCUGGAUCCUCCCCUUCACCUCCGGGGGCUUCCUCUACAUCGCUCUGGUCAACGUGCUGCCGGACCUCCUGAAGGAGGAGAACCCUUGGAACUCCUUGCAGCAGGUGCUGCUGCUGUUCACGGGCAUAGUGAUGAUGGUGCUCUUCUCGCUCCUGGCCGAGUGACGCCCCCGAGACCCUCGGCCCCCCCGCAAUAAGACUCCUGGUGGUCCCGUGACCUCGUGUGUGUGCUUGGGAGCCAGCGUGGGGGUGGGGGGUGAGCCGCCCGCGUGGGCAGACUCCGAGCCUGGCGCCCCCGCCCCUCUGGUGGCCGGCUCUGGUCCCGGUCUCUGGGAAAUAAGCUUUGGGGAGCAGCGGCGUAGGAGUGUGGGGUGCAGAAGGGUCCGGGGGAAGGGGACAGAGAGGACAGCCAGAACUUCUGGUUGCAGGGGUGGCCUCGGGCCUGGGGAAAGUGGGAGGAGGGGCCCUGGGCCUCAGUGAGGAGGGGGGCACCCCCACUUCUCUCUGUUGGGGCUCCUCUUCCCUGCUGUUCCCCAGCCGGGAUCCGACAGCGCCCCGAAAAUCCGGAGGCAGCCUGGCUCUGGCCCCACCCUUGGCCCCGGCCCCCAUUUGGCCCCGGCCCCUCCGAGAGCUGAGGGAUGGGGGGGGCCGGGUUUUCUGAGGGACAGGCCCGAGGCCGGUGGGCCUCUAUCCGCAGGCUGGAGGCCCGGCUCCCACCUCCCCCCUCCCGCUACCAAAGGAAGUAUUUAGUCAGCACCGAGUGCUGGAGAGAGCCCGGCCCCGCCCCUCCCCCGGCUAGGCCUUCGUCGGGAGGGCGGGGAGCAUGCUGGGAAGCUGCGCUCAGCGCCCGGGAAUGUGCCCGCUGCCCCCGCGGGGAGCCCCGCCAGAGGCCCACUGGGGCUGGAGCCCGGGCGCCCCCUGGAGGACAGCGGGGGAAGCGGCUGCAGAGACGCGGUCGGUUUUACGACGGGCCUGCGCCCUUCUGCCCCAGAAUGGAGAGGAUUUGCAAAUAAAUCUUAUUUUAUCCUGAA